CAUGUUCCAGCUCUAAUAAAUUACAUUUUGUUUUAAACAAUUGAAAAUACACGUAAAAACAUUGCAACAACGUUGCGGCAUUUGCGAAAUAGUAUUUACUUUAGCCCUCGUCAUUCGCCGCGAUGUGUUAGCCGCAAAAACUGAGCCCGUUCAGGUGUUUCCUAGCCAUUUUGCGGAAUUUCCUGCGCUACGCGACCCAAAACAAGAAAAAUUCGCACGCCGUCGCAACGAAUUCGCAAUGCGCUGCAGCUGAAAAUCAAGAGGUACAACUUUGUUUCUUCGCCCCGGUGAUAGUUCAAUCACCAUGAACUUGCAUUAAUUAACAAUAAGCGCUUCAAUCAAAAGCCACAAACAACUGGCCAUGGAGCAGAGGCAUAAAAACAAAAUAACCAGGACGUUCGGCAGUGCGAAAGACCGCGUGCUUUUGGCGUAGCGUCCGAUAGGCUGUGUUAUCGGCUGCCCUGUUAUCGCGUUAUCGCGCAAGGACCACGAGAGCGGCGAAAAACCUUUUUUGCCUUUUCCGAGUGGGUUGAUGAGUGUGGGUGGUGUGUGAAAAAAGUGUGUGCGGUCUUGUUUAUGGGCGAAAAGGAGCAGCGGCUGUCCGGCCGGAGUUAGCAAGUCCUGUGCGAAGGAUCCUUCCCAGCGAGAUUAGGUCGCCUGACCCUCCCCCUGCCACUCCGCCUCCCCCGGCCCCCUGCCCCCUCGAAUUUCCAGCUGUCGGUUUUUCUUUGACAUUCCACAUUUGGGCCAAAGGAUUGCCUAGAGACGACGGACGGCCCAUGAUCUGGGUGAUAUACGCAGGAAGCGCCAAGAAGAGUUAGCCGAUAGAGAUGGCCAACAACAAUCAUCCGCAUCCCGGGCAUCUCAGUCAGGCGGCUCAGAACGCCUCCUGGAAUCCCCUCCAAAUCCCCUCGUACAUACCCCGGCAGCCGCAGUUGGCGCACAUGUCCAACGAGCGGCCCGGCAUGGUGCGAUCACCGCUGGCCUGGCACGUUUCUGGAUCCGUUUCCCAGCCAGCACCGCCACCCGAUGCCAUUUACAAUUUCAUGUCGGCCAAUCACAAAAACCUGGACCACCACCAUCAGAUGAAUCCAUUGCUGGCACCGCCCUACUCAGGAACAUUGCCAUUCAACUCCAUGGACCUGUCCUUGCAGUCUGCCCGCAGCGCGGCCCAGCCGCUGGCCAAGCAGCCGCCAAACCAGCAGCCACAGCAGUCCUCACAGCAGCAGCAGUCCCUGAUGCAUGCGCCCAACUACCCUUCAAUUCAAAAUCUCACGACCAAUGCCACGCCGACCAGCGCUCAGCAGCAGCAGCAGGAACAUAUGGCAGCCAUGGCUGCUGCCCAUGCAAGUCUACUCCAGUCCAGCCGCCAGAAUCAGGGAGCCCCUUCAGGGAACCUCAGCAACGGAGCCGACUGCGAGUCCUUGCUGCCGCCACCGCCGCCCACAACUGCCUCUGGAAACAGCAAUCACGCGGGGAGCAACAGCAGCAGUAGCAAUAGUGGUAGCAACAAUCACAUAACCAGCCCGCACUACAUGCAGAGUCGCGACGAGAACUUCAAAUUGGCGCAAUUAAAGCGCAGCUUUGACCACGAGCUAAUCUCGGGGAAGAAUCAGCAGAAGGACAAGGACUUUGGCUACCCGUCGGCGGGAUCAGCUAGUAAACUGCCCGCACACAAUGUGCCACAGCAACAUGCCAACAAGAAACCCUCACCUCUGCGCAACUAUCACCAACAGCAGCAGCCGCCUUACAACUUAACGCCCAAAUACAAUGGACCACAGACGCCGCCUACGCCUCAAUCUCCGCUGGCUGCGCCUCCUCAUCAGAUGCAAUCACCCACCAUGGACUACAAUCAACUGCAUCUGCACCACCAGCUAAAUAGCUCGGGAGGAAGCAGCUACCAACACAUGCAGCAGGAUCAAACGCAAUCACAAUCACACCCCCAGCACUUGCACUACCACAAUCAGCAUGCGCCCAGCCAACAAGCUCCGCCGCCCCUCCUUCCACCCCACUUGACCAGCGGUCAGUUCCACGGUCAACCCCAGGAUGCGGCGCAACAGCAGACAGCCUCCUCCAGUCAACAUCAGACGCAUCAUUCCCGCAAUCCGCAAUUGACGAAUCUCGAUCUAGUGGUCAAGCACAAACCAGAGUCGGAAGAACAGCCUUUAAUAACUGAUCUGUCCUACCGAAAUGCUGAUGCAGAGAAACCUGCUGGCAACUCGGUGCCAGAUGCCCCAGAGUCACCCUACCUGACCACCUCCAAUGAGGAGUCGUUGGAGUCGAACAGCAACAGUAGCAAUAGUCGAAAGCGACGCAAACGAAAAGCCAGUAUGGUAAUGAGAGUUACCCCAAAUGAAAAUGCGCCCGAGGGAGAAGCGAGCAAAACGCAGCAUCAACAACCACAACCUUCGGCACACCAUAACAGCUGCAGUCCCAAAGGAUCGCCCAAAAAUGGAGGCGGUGAGUUUCAGCCUUUCAGUUUGCAAAGCCAGUCGCAAGCGCAGAAUGCAAAGACGCCGCAGGAGAACGGCCGUGGAGGAUCACCGGCUCCGGCGGAACACAGUAGCAAUAGCAAUAGUUCGACCCUGUAUCAUGACAACGACAACCCCAAGACUAAGAAGCAGCGGCAGGCCCUGCUGCAACGGAACCGCACAGAACAGCACCGUAUGCAGCAGGAGGAUGAGCCUCCCAAGAAGCAUACGCCUCCCACAAUGCCGCCACCUAGUCCGCAGAGCAACAGCAGUAGCAGUAGCUCCAGCAGCUCCAGCGCCAACACGCACAGUAGCCACAGCAGUCAUGCCGUUAACGAUAAUCGGACAAAUCAAAAGCCUGAGAUCAACAAUAAGGCCACCACGGAUACACCUGCAUCUCCUGCCCUCGUGGAGCAGGGCGACAUUGAUGCCAAGCCGGCUGUGAGUGUGCACGAGUGCGACGAGGAGGAGGAACCAGCAGACAACAAGGAAUCUCCUGCGCCUCAUGUUCCCCCUUCCACUCCUGCUGUUGCUGCUCCUCCAGUGAACGAAUCCCCCAAGAAAACCUCACCCGCUGCCAACUCUGAGCCUUGUCCUUUUGGUGAAGUGGAGGAUAAGCUGGAGGAAAUGUUUGCUGGCAUCGAGGAGGAGACGGAAAGGAUAUGCAGUCCCGAAAAGCCAGCUGAGGAUACGGGAGAGUUGGUAGCCCACGAUUUGACAGCCCAGCUGGCUCUGGAUAGCUCCAAAGCAGACGAAGCGCCAGCGGAUAAAGAGGAGACCUCAGUGCUAGCAGUUUUGGCCUCAACCCCAGCAUCUACACCCGAAAUCCGACCGGUGGCGACAAAGGCGGCUAUGAAGUCAACGCUACCAAGUCCUGUCCACAGCCCAACGCCUCAAGCUCGUUCCACUUCGACUCCCAUGGCAGCCGGUGACGACAGUAAAUCGAAUACCCCUGUUCCACCUAAAACACCUGCAGUUCGGAGACCUCCGCCGCGUAGGCUUUCCAUGGGUAUGGAUGUCUCCCUACUGCGGUUUAUGAUCGACGACCCGCCAGCCAAGAAGCCAGGUCGCAAGAAGAAGGUGGUGCCGGAGCCGGAACUGGAAGAUGAUGACAAACCCAGCACCUCGGCAGCGGCUGCUGCGGCUCUGGCAGCUCGUCAACUCAGUGAAGCAGCAUCCGCUCCCAAGGGAAAAGCGGCCGGAGCCAAGAAAAAGAAUGCCGUGGGCAAGGGCAAGAAAGGACCAGCGGGGAAGGGUAAUGCAAAGAAUGCUAAGCAGAAUGGAAAGAAGCCGGGACGAAAACCCGCCUUCACCACCGACGAGGACAGCACUCCGGCGCCCACAAAUGGCGGAGCCGCGGUUCCCGAGCUAAGAUUUAAAUCUCCCUUCAUUCUCAUCAAACCGGACGGAUCCGUAAGCAUCAAGAACACCCAUAGUGCCGAGGACGUAAACGAAAAGCAGACAAAGGCCAAAAAGGCGCCGCAUGAGCGAAAAAACUUGAGGGGGAUGCACAGCUCAACGCUGAGCAACCGCUAUGAUGCGGACACCACCGACUCCACCUGGAUAUGUGUGUUCUGCAAGCGAGGCCCUCAUAAACUAGGCCUCGGUGAUCUCUUCGGUCCGUAUCUGGUGACCAGCGACUGCGACGAGUAUCGUGCGGCUGUGCAGGCACCCGGAGUACAGGACGUUGAUGGACUGUUUGUCAAUAAGCGGAGGCGGGAGGACAUGGUGAAGACGCAGGAGAGAAAUCUGCCCGUUGUGCCCGCCACGCUGGCGCACAUAAUGCAGGCUCCCAAGAUAAGCAUGCACAAACGCAAGCGCAAGCAGACGCACGACAGCUCGAUAUCCUACAGCGACGACCCAAAUGAAUCCCGUUCGCAGUGUUCAUCUGUGGACCCGCUGGAUUGCAGUCACGAAAGCAAGUUCGUGGAAACCUUCCGCGGCAUGGGCAAGACCUCGGAGCACGGCUUUGAAGUGUGGCUGCACGAGGAUUGCGCCGUCUGGAGCAACGACAUCCAACUGAUUGGCGCGCACAUCAACGGACUGGAUGCGGCGGUGUGGGACAGUACGCGGUACCAGUGUGUGCUCUGCCAGCAGACGGGAGCCAGUAUAUGUUGUUUCCAGCGAUGUUGCAAGGCGGCUGCUCAUGUGCCCUGCGCGCGAUCCGCCAAUUGGAGCCUUGGCGAGACGGAUCGCAAGGUAUUCUGCCAGCUGCACAGCGGGGAGCCGGAGGUUGUGGAACCCAUGAAACCAGAGCCGCUGGCGCCGGUGGAAGUACCCGUAGCUCCUGCACCCGCACCAGCACCGCCACCUGCGUUUAAUAUUCACUCGCUUCCCUGAGUACGCGUGCGCGUCCAGAAAUGCCGCCUGGUCGCCAAGCGUUGAGCGUUAUAGGCACGAUCCGACCCAAAGCCCAAACGAAUCCGCAGCGCGCUGCACCCUUUACUUAAGCUUUGUACAUAAGUUUUCGACUGCCGUCGUCGCCAGGAGGGCAUUUCGUAAUCCGUGAAGUGAUUUUGUAUAAAUCCGCUGUACAUUUUAAGGCUUGACGCACCGCACAGACGAUAUCAGAGCGUUCGCCACGUUAUAGUUAGGUUCCCCCGAUGCAUCCUUAGUUGUUUAUGUUUAAGUCGACUCCUAAAUUAUUCUUUUACGUAGUUCUGCACCUUACAUUAGUACCUUUUAGUUCUAACUAAUUUUAAAGCCACCAAUCCCAUGUCCAAUGCCCACCCAUCUGCAUCUCAUGCGCCAAUUGAUAAUUGAAAACUCGGUUUAGUUGAAUUCAGUCUGUUUGUAUAAACGAAUACUCCAUGCCAUACCGAUAACCAACUGAGUAAUCAAGAUAACUGAAGUAGCUGUGGGGGAUUCCAAUUGAUAUAUGCGAUGUGAAGUUGCAGUAAAGUUACGUAUAAAUAGAAAAUGUUUGACACCAAGUAAGCGAGAACAUUCGAAGCCCAAUAAAAAAUGGAAUAUUGUACAACAAUAUAAUAGUAUGCGUAUAUAAUAAUAUUAGUAAUGUUAAUGUAAGCGAAAAGUUAAAGCCGGCAAAAUGAAACCUUGUAUUGUAUUCGUAUUCAGUAAGGUCUGUACGUAUUGCUGAUAAUUUUAAAACUCUAAAACGUAUAAACAAUAAAAACUUAAUCUCACAAGCAA